AUGAAAACUCCCCCCACAGAGAAGGGCGCGGCGUGGCGGGCCAGACGGGCGGAGCUGCGUCGCGGAAGAGGCGGGGAAGCCGGCCGCAACGGCGCCAGGGGCAUAGGUUCAUCGACAUCCGCAGGAUGCUGCCCGGAAAGUGGACGGUGCGGGCGUCGCUGGCUAGGCUGCGACAUCGGCGGCGGCGGCGGCGCCAAGGGCGUGGGGGCAUCGUCAACGAUGGCGAAUGGCGCAGCCGGUCGGGCCGGCGGAGGAGGCGGAGGAGCCUGCAGCCGCUGUGGAGACGACGGCUGUUGCUGCUGGACGGGUCUGGCGCCCCUGCACGCCGACCAUGGGUGGAAAGGAGCACAUCCGGGCGACCGGAAGAAGGCGGCGGAGCGGCUUGCCGGAAAGAAUAGGCGGUCGGAAAACCCUAAUACCGGCGCCGGAGUUGGUUGCGGUGCCGGCGGACCACUGUGUCGGUGA